CUGGCAUUCUUGUGCCCCAGGACCAGCCUGUCCUGCUUUCUGCCCCUCUCCACUUCCCCUAGAACCUGGGUUUUGAGGGGUGAAGAGGGAACUAGUGAGACCUCCCAGGGGAGGGAUUCCAGUGGCUGAGUCAGGUAACAGCCACACCCCUGGACUUAGAGGGAGAUGUGAAGGUGUGUGUAAGUAGAUAGAGAAAGGUUAUCACAUGUGCUGUGACCUAUGCCCUGGGACCCAGGUGUCCUGGCCUCAGCUCCCCCUUAGGAUCCAGCUGUCUUCCUCUGAGAGAACAUCUCUGAGGGAAGAAAAACAAGACAGAAGGAAACGCUCCCUCAGUGUGACGACUGGGGUAUGGAAGGUGAGAUCUCUCUGCCUUCCCUGGACCUGAGAUCUCUCUGUCUUCUGGGAGCCAGCUCUGCACAAGCAGGUGCCAGGCCAGUUUGCAGACAACCAGAACUGGAACCAGAGAGAAUGGCCCCAGGGACCCAGAGACCCUCAUCCCAGGAGUUGGUGACAUACAAGGAUGUGGCUGUGGAUUUCACCCAGGAGGAGUGGCACCUCUUGGACCAUUCUCAGAGAGAGCUGUACAAGGAGGUCAUGCUGGAGAAUGUCCAGAACCUGCUCUCUGUGGGACUUCCAGUUUCUAGAGAAGAUUUCAGUUAUUCUUUCCAGGAAGGGGAAUCACCAGGGAUGGUAGAGCACAAAGGUCCAAGGAACUCCUGGCAAGGUGGAGAGACCAUGUUGGUUGUGAAGAAGAUGGCUACAAAGGUUAACAUUUCUGUGGAAGAAUUUGGCCAGCAUAGAUUUGAGAACAAUGGUGCAAAGACCUUUGGCUGGAACUCCAAUCUUAUUAGUUAUCAGGACAUUCACAAUGGAAAAAAGUUUUAUAAAUGUAAUCAGUGUGGAAUGACUUUCACCGGGGAAUCCCCUCUUGUGGUACAUCAGAGAAUCCAUACUGGAGAGAAACCUUAUAAAUGUUAUCAGUGUGGAAAGACUUUCACAGAGAGUUCCAGUCUUGCUUACCAUCAGAGAAUCCACACUGGAGAGAAACCUUAUGAAUGUGAUCAGUGUGGAAAGGCUUUCAAAGUGAGUUCCAGUCUUGUUGCACAUCAGAGAAUCCACACUGGAGAGAAACCUUAUCAAUGUAAUCAGUGUGGAAAGAGUUUCACAGAGAGUUCGAGUCUUGCUAAACAUGAGAGAAUCCACACGAGAGAGAAACCUUAUGCAUGUAAUCAGUGUGGAAAGGCUUUCACAGUGAGCUCCAAUCUCGCUGCACACCAGAGAAUCCAUACUGGAGAGAAACCUUAUGAAUGUAAUCAGUGUGGAAAGGCCUUCACAGUGAGCUCCCAUCUUGCUGCACAUCAGAGAAUCCACACUGGAGAGAAACCUUAUGAAUGUUAUCAUUGUGGAAAGACUUUCACAGUGAGCUCCCAUCUUGCUGCACAUCAGAGAAUCCACACUGGAGAGAAACCUUAUGAAUGUAAUCAGUGUGGAAAGGCUUUCACAGUGAGCUCCAGUCUUGCUCAGCAUCAGAGAAUCCACACUGGAGUGAAACCUUAUGAAUGUUAUCAUUGUGGAAAGACUUUCACAGAGAGUUCCAGUCUUGCUAAGCAUCAGAGAAUCCACACUGGAGAGAAACCUUAUAAAUGUUAUCAUUGUGGAAAGACUUUCACAGAGAGUUCCAGUCUUGCUAAGCAUCAGAGAAUCCACACUGGAGAGAAACCUUAUCAGUGUAAUCAGUGUGGAAAGGCUUUCAAAGUGAGCUCCAAUCUUGCUGCACAUCAGAGAAUCCACACUGGAGAGAAACCUUAUCAAUGUAAUCAGUGUGGAAAGGCUUUCACAGUGAGCUCCCAUCUUGCUGCACAUCAGAGAAUCCACACUGGAGAAAAACCUUAUGAAUGUUAUCAUUGUGGAAAGACUUUCACAGAGAGUUCCAGUCUUGCUAAGCAUCAGAGAAUCCACACUCGAGAGAAACCUUAUAAAUGUUAUCAGUGUGGAAAGACUUUCACAGAGAGUUCCAGUCUUGCUAAGCAUCAGAGAAUCCACACUGGAGAGAAACCUUAUGAAUGUAAUAUAUGUGGAAAAGCUUUCAAAGUGAGCUCCAGUCUUGCUGCACAUCAGAGAAUCCACACUGGAGAGAAACCUUAUGAAUGUAAUAUAUGUGGGAAAGCUUUCAAAGUGAGCUCCAGUCUUGCUCAGCAUCAGAGAAUCCACACUGGAGAGAAACCUUAUGAAUGUAAUCAGUGUGGAAAGGCUUUCAAAGUGAAGUCUACUCUUGCUGCACAUCAGAGAAUCCACACUGGAGAGAAACCUUAUCAAUGUAAUCAGUGUGGAAAGACUUUCACCAGAUCCCAUCUUGCUGCACAUCAGAGAAUCCACACUGGAGAGAAACCUUAUGAAUGUCAUCAGUGUGGAAAGGCUUUCAAGGUGAGCUCCCAUCUUGCUGCACAUCAGAGAAUCCACACUGGAGAAAAACCUUAUAAAUGCUAUCAUUGUGGAAAGACUUUCACAGAGAGUUCCAGUCUUGCUAAGCAUCAGAGAAUCCACACUGGCAAGAAACCUUAUGAAUGUCAUCAAUGUGGAAAGGCUUUUACGCAGAUCCCAUCUUGCUGCACAUCAGUGAAUCUACACUGGAGAGAAAUCGUAUGAAAGUAAUCAGCGUGGAAAGGCUAAAAAGAGGAUUUUUAACCUUUGCUGUCAAAGUUAUUGCCAAUGGAGAAUUUAUUAAAGAUCUCCUAUCUGCCUCAAAACCCCGAUCUGCUCUAGUUAUUAUUCAUUGUCCUGCUCACACAGGAAAAACCAACCCUGUUUCAAAAGGGAAUGAAUAGACUGCGGCUGCUGCUGCUAAGCUUGCUGCUUUGGAAGCCCCUGAACAUGUAUUUUAAUCUUUCUUCUUCUGAUAAUGUUUCCAUUUCUCUUACUUAUGAUAAGUCUGAAGUAGUGAAGUGGAAAAAGAACUUCAAAGAUAAAGAAGUGAGUGGCGUCUGGGUUACUUUGCAGGGGAAGCCACUUCUCCCCUGGAGCUUCUACCAUCAGAUAUGCCUCUCUAUUCACAGAAAAGGCCAUUUUGGCACACAAUGAAUUGUGGACUCAGUAAAAAGGGUUUGGAUUGCCCCUGGAGUUACUAAUGUGGCCUCUAGGGUUUGUGCCUCUUGUUCUGUCUGUCAAACUUAUAAUCAACAUGCCUUCAGAGCUAAAGCUUAUGUAGGGCUUCCUUUAGCAUAUACACCUUUUGAGCAUCCACAAAUUGAUUAUAUCACAAUGUCUAAGGCAUCCACAUGUGACUUGGUGUCCAGAAGUUAUGUCUAUAGAACCACCUAUAAUCAUGUCAAUCAAAGAUACCAGCCUAUUAUCUUGGAGGUAUGUGUGUGGACAGCCCUGCUUCCUGUUUCACAGUUUCUAGGAGAAGCCGCUGAGAAUUGGUCUCUUUCCAUAAGGAUUUUGGCGUGGUGGCAGAACUUCAGGGGGGCUGCUAGGAAAGAAUGUUCACUCUUUUUGUUUGGGACUUUGGCUUGGUGGAAGAGAGAGAAAAGGCAGACAGAGAAAAAGAGAGGAAAGUAGGUAGCAAGUAGAUAGACUUUUGUGGUGUUACGGGACCUCAUGAGUUCUCUUUACUCUUCAAUAAAUCCUUAAAAGCCUAAACUCUUGUUGAAUUUAUCAGUAAAUCUUAGCCAGUCCCUCCCCCCCCCCCAAAAAAAAACACUGGGGGGCAGGGGCAGGU